ACUCAUUCGGAUCUUUCAGGUUCUGUUGGGCCCGUUUCGUCCUGUUUGAUGUUCUCUGCUGAACUGGACUUGGACUCUUCAGUGAAUGUUCAGGUCAGCUGUAGACCCCCAGAGGACCGGAGGUGAGGUGGUGACCAUGUGGAUCCCCACACCCAGCAUGACGCUCCCCCAGAGGAUGGUUCUGUACGGGACCUGCCUCGUGGCUCUGAUGAACUCUGUGGGCCUCUUGGUGCUCAUGGUCCAGCAGAACCAGCAGCAAGUCUGGCUGGAGAGGACCGAGGCGAGGCUGACGGAGGUGGAGCAGAGCUCGGUGGUGGAGUUCCUUCAGGAGGUUCCAAGAGGAGCCGCAGGUCUGAGGGCCAGUGCGGUCCAGGAUCCACAAGUCCAGAACUCCAGGAACAAGAGAAGUGAAGAUCUGAAAGAGGAGGUUCACCAGGAGAUGAGAAAGAAGGUCCACCAGCAGGAGACCAACCCAGAGGGAGGAGGAGAAAAGGAGACGAAGCAGAAACACAGAACCAGUCAGCGGUUCCACAAAACCCAGGAGGACAUGAUGAUGAUGAUGACCUACUCCAUGGUUCCGAUCAAACUAUUGAUUGACAUUUGCAACAGCACCAAAGGAGUCUGCCUCGCAGGACCACCAGGACCUACAGGUCCGCCUGGUGCAGACGGUUUGCCGGGCUACAAUGGGACCGAUGGGAUCCCAGGACUGGAUGGACUGCCAGGGGCUGAUGGGAAAAGAGGGAAAAAAGGACCACCAGGAGAGAGGGGGGAACCGGGAGAACAAGGCGAGCGUGGAGAGCCUGGUCCCCCUGGAGAAAUGUCCCAACCUUCUAAUGAAGUUGCCAUCGAGGGUCCACCUGGUCCUCCAGGACCUCCAGGGCCAGUGGGACCGCCAGGACCUCCAGGACCUCAAGGGCCUCCCAAGACACGGCACCACAGAGCCCACCUUCAGGCUGCUCAUUCGGGUUUGUUACACUCCGUUCCAAAUGACGAAACCGUGACGGUGAAACUACUCGAGCAGCCUGAUAAGGAGAAUGAAUGCCUCAUUAAGUCUCUGAUAAAUCCCAGGGAUGUGGCAAAGAUGGAAACCACGUUUGGUGCUUGGAUGAAAGACACGGCUGAGCCGAACGAUGAGCGGAUCUGGGUGGCAGAGCAUUUUUCUGGCCGAGUGGUGAAGGAGUAUAAAAGCAUCGCUGCCUUCCAGAAUAACAGUGGCGACUUUGUGGAUGUGAGGAAGUUCUACCAAGGUUGCGGCCACACGGUCCACAAUGGUUCCUUCUAUUAUCACAUAGCUGGAACGUCCAGUGUCGGCAGGUUUGACUUGAAAAUCCAUCGUCUUCACACCCUCCACGUAGAUGAUGCCUUGUUCAACAACCUCGCCUAUCUGAUCCCCAACUCCAAGACCUACUUCAAACUGGCCGUGGAUGAAAAUGGCCUGUGGUUGAUCUUUGCCUCCAGUGUGGACGACAGCAUCAUGGUGGCCCAGCUGGACCAGAAGACCUUCUCGGUAACGUCGUACAUAAACACCACGUACCCCCGCACCAAGGCCGGCAACGCCUUCAUCGCCUGCGGCGUUUUGUACGUCACCGACAUCAAGGACACCAGAGUCACCUUUGCUUUCGACCUGCUGAAGGGGAAGCCCAUCAACAUGACCUUUGACCUGAGGUCACCUGGUGGAGUUUUGGCCAUGCUCUCCUACAGCCCGAAGGACAGGCACCUGUAUGUGUGGGACCAGAGCUACGUCAGGUUGCACGUGGUCCACUUCAUCUCGGACGAGUGAAGAAAUCCCGCUGUUUGAACAGAUCACUCGGUUUGUUGCAGGUCCUCCACUCAAACAGUUGAAAAUGAU